UUCAUUUGCAUCUUUUAUAGUUUGAUCUUUGCAAUAUUUUUUUUUAUUUUUCCAUUUAAAAUGGUUGAACCAAAACCAUGCAGACGAAAUGUUUGUAUAGUCGUUUUGGGAGAUAUUGGUCGCAGUCCACGCAUGGAAUAUCACGCGACUAGUUUCCUGGAGCACAACUAUAAUGUGGACUUGAUAGGUUACGUGGAAAGUAAACCUUUGGAGGUGUUGUGCUCCGCACCUGGAUGUAAAAUACACGAGCUUACGCCGGUACCGGUAACCAACCUGACUCCUAUGUUGAAAUUGAUUUUUAAAACAAUUUGGCAAACUCUAAGCCUUAUGAUAGCAUUGGCCUCAAUAAGGCGGCCAAUAAACUUCCUGCUGCUACAAAAUCCCCCUGGUAUACCAGCACUGGCAGUAUGCUAUCUGUACUGUCUUUUGACACGGACAAAAUUCAUAAUAGACUGGCAUAACUAUACCUAUACGAUAUUAGCGCUUGGAAUGGCUGGGGGAGAGAAGAAUCGAUUUUGCCGGGUGGCAAAGUGGAUUGAAAAACAAUUCGGUUCCAAAGCGGACGCCAACUUUUGUGUGACACAGGCAAUGAAAGAAGAUCUGACAAACAACUGGAACAUAAGCAAUGUCACAGUUUUAUAUGACCGGCCACCGCCGCAAUUUCAUCCGGUCGAUUUAUCGGCCAAACAUGAGUUAUUCAUGAAGCUUUCAAAAGAGUAUCACCAAUUUUUACCAACUCGUUAUGAUGAUCUAAAAGAAUCGGGGGUUUUAGAGUGUACUGCCCUGACGCAAAAGCUCAGUAAUGGCAACGUGCUUUAUAAACCACAACGAAUGGCUAUAUUGGUAUCAUCCACCAGUUGGACGCCAGACGAAGACUUUAGCAUUCUUUUGGAAGCCUUGAAGGUCUACGAAAAAGAAGCCGCAAAUAGGCCGCAAAAUUUUCCUUACUUACUGUGCAUAAUAACUGGAAAGGGACCUCAAAAGGAAGACUACCAGAAGAAAAUUGAAAUACUGAAAAUGUCUCGUGUUGGUAUAAUAACACCGUGGUUGGAAACUGAAGAUUACCCGACAGUCUUGGCUGCUGCCGACUUAGGUGUCUGUUUGCAUUGGAGUUCCAGUGGCUUAGACCUCCCCAUGAAAGUUGUGGAUAUGUUCGGUUGCGGCCUACCAGUUUGUGCCUACGGCUUCAAAUGCAUUAAUGAGCUGGUAAAACCGGGACAAAAUGGAUUUAUUUUUCAAAACAAGCAGGAACUUGCAGAACAAUUAAUCUUCUGGUUCGAAAAUUUUCCCAGUAACCCUAGUCUUAUUGAAUCCAAAGAGAUAUUUCGAAAAAACAUGUUAACAUUCCAAUCAUUGAGAUGGCACGAAAACUGGUCCAAUGUGGCUUUGCCAAUAUUUAGCACUUAUAUAUGACUAAUAAAUUUUAUACAUUAAUAUAAGGAAAGAAGAAAAGUUAAUAAAUUAGUGAAACUUAAACUUAAACUAAA